AUGAAGGACGUGUCAUUCGUGGAUCGUCUCUUUGUCGGCUUGGCCAUGGCCUCUUUUGUCUUGGCCACUGAGGAGAGGCCUGAUUGCCCGAAGCUCUGUGUUUGUGAGAUUAGACCCUGGUUUUCUCCCAGUUCAGUCUACAUGGAGGCACAGACAGUUGACUGUAAUGACUUGGGACUCUUUAGCCUGCCGGACAAAUUACCCUUGGGCACACAGGUACUAUUACUGCAAACAAACAAUGUUGCCAAGAUUGAUAAACCUUUGGAUUACCUGGCCAACAUUACAGAGAUUGAUUUAUCACAAAACAACUUAUCCUCUAUCAACGACGUCCAUCUGGGGAAUCUUCCUCAGCUUCUGUCUCUUCAUAUGGAGGAGAACUGGAUACGAGAGCUGCCUGACCAAUGUCUGGCAGAGGUGGCUAACCUUCAGGAGCUCUACAUGAAUCACAACCUUAUCUUCUCCAUUUCCCCAAAGGCCUUUCAGGGUCUCAAAAACCUUGUACGGCUCCACCUCAAUUCUAACAAGCUGAAGGCCAUUCAUAGAGAGUGGUUCGAACCCAUGCCAAAUCUGGAGAUCCUGAUGAUUGGUGAAAAUCCAGUUCUUUUGAUUGAUGAUAUGAACUUCAAACCUCUCAGUAACCUCCGCAGUCUUGUUCUUACCAGAAUGAACCUAUCUCAGCUUCCUGACGAUGCACUGUCUGGUCUUGAUAACUUAGAGAGUAUCUCAUUCUAUGAUAAUAUUUUCCCUGAGGUGCCCCAUUCAGCACUGAGAAAUGUAAAAAAUCUUAAGUUUUUGGAUCUUAAUAAAAACCCUAUUGCGAGGAUACAGAGAGGGGACUUUGUGGAUAUGCUCCAUCUGAAAGAGCUGGGGAUUAAUAGCAUGCCAGAACUAGUUUCCAUCGACAGCUUUGCUCUCAAUAACCUCCCUGAGCUGACCAAAAUAGAAGCCACCAACAAUCCUAAACUCUCCUACAUCCAUCCUAAUGCUUUCUACAAACUACCACGUCUGGAAACCCUAAUGCUGAAUGGCAAUGCGCUUAGUGCCCUCCACAGGAUUACUGUUGAGUCCCUUCCGAAUCUCAGAGAGGUUAGCAUGCACAGCAACCCCAUCCGCUGUGACUGCGUAGUCCGCUGGAUGAACAUGAACAAGACCAACAUUCGUUUCAUGGAGCCCGACUCUCUGUAUUGUGUUGAGCCUCCGGAGUACGAGGGCCAGCAUGUCCGACAGGUGCACUUUAGGGAGAUGAUGGAGAUUUGUCUGCCACUCAUUUCUCCUGAAAGCAUGCCCGGGCAAAUUAAAGCACGGAAUGGGAGCUCGGUUUCACUCCACUGUCGGGCCUUUGCUGAACCGGAGCCAGACAUCUACUGGAUCACCCCGUCUGGUAUUAAAGUCCUGCCUAACACUGUGUCCGACAAAUUCUACAUGCACCCAGAGGGAACUUUUGACAUCUAUGAUAUAACAAAAAAUGAAGCUGGUCCUUACACUUGUGUUGCCCAUAAUCUGGUUGGAGCUGAUCUUAAAUCUGUUUCAGUUGAAGUGAAUGGAUAUUUUCCCCAACCUGCAAAUGGAUCUCUGAACAUCCUAAUAAAGUCAGUGGAGACACACUCCAUCCUGGUUUCCUGGCAGGCAAGUCCUGGCACUCUGGCUCCAAACAUUAAAUGGUACACCCUUCCAGAUGCUAAUCAUCCCACCACAGCAUUUACUUCCAGGGUACCCUCUGAUGUUCAAGUCUACAACCUUACCCACCUCAGCCCUGCCACUGAGUACAAAGUAUGUGUGGAUGUCCGUAGCAUCCACUACAACCAUGACACCAAAUGUGUCAAUGUCACCACUAAGGGAUUAGAGCUGGCAGUCAAGAACACAGAAAAAUGGGACGCAGCAGUAAUUACUGUCUUUGGUGUGUUCUUGGCUGUGAUUUCAGUGGCAUGCCUGCUUAUUUACGUGUCUCUGAGGAACCACCACCUUUAUGGGGAUAUAAGGAGAUGCGACUCCAAAGCUUCGCUGACAUCAAUGGAAGCUACCAGUAUGCAUUCUCCGUUCUUUACAAAGCUGUGGGUUUCAGGUAAAGGACUGCCAAGUGGAGUGGAAGUGAAAGCCACAGUCAUAAAUGUAUCAGACAAUGCCUUUUAA